UUCUGUUGAGAGUGUGAUUUUCAUAUAUAUGUAUAUAAUUUUGGUAAGUUCACCCUCUAAAGCGGGUCAAUACUGCGUGCGCAUUCUGUCACCGUAUGACUUGAAGAGUAGCAUGGUCCAGAAGCUGAGGAAAAGAAAAAUAGUGUAAUUUACUUAAUUUUUUAACAACAUUAUAAAGCAGUGUUAAAAUAAAUUAUGCAAACAUAUUUUUCUCCUUUUUAGUCAUUAAUAAAAAAGUAAGAGUAGAAUAGUGAUAUUGUUAAUAGUGUUUAGUGUAUAAAUAAUAGGUUAUUUUAUUAAGAAUGAAGAAAAAAUCUUUAAAAAAAAAAUAGUAAACAACGCUAUAACGAUUUAUUUUAAAAUUAUGAUUGUUUUGCACAUAUUCAAUGGAUUUUCCAGUUCUUCUAUUUAGACUGUAAUAGAUGUAAAAGAAAAAUGUUUAUAAAAUGAGAAAUAUAUAUCAGCGUGAUUUCAGAUUUUUAUAUUCGUUAUAAAAAAAACAUACAUCGAUUACCUCCGAAGGCAACUGAAAUUUUUAUUAAAAAUGGGGACGAAAUUUGCAGCAUACACUUUAAAGCUCACAUGUUUGCACGAGUACUAUCAAAGACUUUUGUAUGGAAGUUUACCAAUUCCAAGUGGUUUUGACAUGGCAAACACAAUUAAGUUCUUUUCACAAACUCUACUUGGCCUAUUAAAAGAAGUAAGGGAGUCACCUCUUGAAAUGAUGCAAUCUCAAGCUUUGGAUAUUGAAAGAAUGGCCAUGUAUCCUACUUUAGAUUACAGACAACUAUACAACGCCUUAACACAGUUAAUGGAUGUUGUUCCAUUAGUACACAUUGGCCUGCCAGCAUUUGGACAAGCCAUACUGCAGUGUCUUGCCUGUUUAUUACCAUUUUUAGAAAACGACUUAAUUGAUAAUGUACCAUAUUUAACAGCAAGUGCUGUUGCUGUUUUCCCAAUUGAAUUACAUCAAGAAAUCAUUAAUUAUCUCUGCUAUUACAUUUUACCCUUUACAAUUACAAGAAAAACUGAAGAUGGUUCUGAAAAUUAUGCUAGUCAGUCAGUAUCAGCAGUAAUUAUGAUGGUUCUUCAAUAUUCAAAUAAUUCUGCUCAUCACUGUCAAAUUUUUGAAUGUUUAAUGGCCUUUAAACGAGAAAUAAUAAAAGAUAUUUUGUGCGUCGUUGCAUAUGGUACAUCAUAUGCCAGAAUAUCUGCGGCUAAGUUACUGAUAUAUUAUUGGCCUAGUGUAAAUCAAAAUCUAUUUGAUCGUCGUUCAGUGUUAUUAAAAUAUGCAGAUGAUUUAGAGCCGUUUCCUUGUCAGAGGGAUUUGUGUCCGAAUACAGGCAAUGCUGAGGCAGGAAAAGUAUGCUAUGAUCAUCGAACAUCUAUAACGUUUGCAAACGAAUCACCACCUCCCUUAUAUCUUUGCAUUGAAUGUGCCAAUGAAAUACAUCGUGAACAUUCAAAUUUAAUAUUCCAUGAUGUCUUACAUCGCAUGCAACAAGGAUCUAUUCUAUGUGAAAAUAAAAAUUGCAGAGCGAAUGAUAAAUCAGCUAUUAGUGUAUGCUUUUCUACAGAAUGUGCAAGCUAUAAUGGAAAUCAUCCCAUACGGUACUGUGUGCAAUGUCACAAUAUUCGACACAACAAUAGAAGAGGCAAUGAUCAUGUUUAUCAUACAGCGUUACCUCAAAUUUCAAAAAUGGAUCGUCAGACGCAAACUUACAUGGUACAGGCAAUUAUUAGUUUGCUUAAAGAAUCCGAGCCAUGCAGUGCAGACAAUAGUAAAGAUCAUUCAGAAUUUAGUAACAGUAAAUCCAACAUAGCAUUUUCUGGCGGAGUCACAGUAACUCCUCAAAUAAUUUUACAAGAUAAAGUGAAAAUAGAAGAUUGA